AUGGAAAAAUCAGUUGAUGCAAAGUCUGACACGUCUGACUCGAAAUUCUCUUUCUUGUUCACGAAAAAGUUCUUGAUUAUUCUUCUGCUUGGGCAAUUCCUUUCAUUAUGCAUUACCGCUACUUCAGUAACGACUCAAGAGCUGGCUAUAGAAGGCGUUAAUUUCCCUACAACCCAGAGCUUUUUAAAUUAUAUCGUGUUGAAUGUGAUAUACACAAGCAUAACUAUUUGGAAAGCGGGGUUCAAAGGAUGGUUGAAAAUAUUGAAAAACAGGGGAUGGAUGUACUUUAUCCUGGCCGUCAUAGACGUCGAGGGCAAUUACUUUGUCGUCAAAGCAUAUCAAUAUACCUCCCUUUUGUCAGCAAUGUUGUUGGACAAUUGGUCGACGUUAGUAUGCAUGAUUCUUUUGAUGGCAUUUUUCAGAGUGAGGUACCACUGGAGCCAGUAUCUAGGCGCACUCUUGUGCUUUGCCGGUAUCGGUGUCUUGCUUCGUGGUGACGUUAUUCUUGGACAAGCGGAUCAAAUUACUGCGGCCACUGAUAUGUUAAAGGGAGAUCUGUUCCUGUUACUCGGUUCAACCUUCUAUGGAUUUUCUAAUGUCGGAGAACAGUAUUUCGUUAGACAGUUUCCAUUGUAUGAGGUCGUUGGUCAGUUGGGCUUUUUCGGAACCAUUGUCAAUGGAGUUCAGUUGGCUAUACUGGAACGAGACGAAUUACAUAAUACUCCUUGGAGUGGUCGUAUCGUCGGCCUUCUCAUCGCGUUCAACUUUGCAAUGUUCUGUCUCUACACCGGAGCCCCUCAACUUUUCCGUAUUUCCUCAGCGACAUUCUUCAAUCUUUCGCUCAUUACGAGCGAUUUCUAUGGAUUGAUAUUUGCCCUGGUUCUCUUUGGUCAAAAGAUGCAUGGGCUGUAUCCUCUUGCGUACAUCAUGUCAAUAGUGGGCCUUAUUGUCUAUCACGUAUACCCAGAAACAGAACCACAAAUUAGAAGGCUGGAAGAUGAAGAGGCACCUGAACCACGGUCGGAACAGGCCCCGCAGACAGCAAACGACGUCGUAGUGAAUGCAAAGGACUGA